CAUUUGCCUUUGCUUCUUACAUCUUACUUCACAUCAUUAAAGUUAGAAAAGGCUGCAAAAGAGAUGAAUAUAUCAACUUGUUGCUGCAUCAAACCAUUACCUCCAACUCCAAGUUCAUCAAUCCAUCCUACUUCAUCACCCUCCUUGCGCACAAACACAAAUCAUGUUCCAAGGAAAGUUAAUGAGAAAUCAUCAUGUUCAAGGAGGAACACACAAUUAUUGGCAAUUGCAACAACCAUAGUAAUUGGUCUAGAAGUGGGGGAAUAUGUAAGCAACAUCAAUGGUAAUUAUGCAAUGGCUAGUGAACUAACAAUGGAAUCUCAAGUACAAAACAACAAUAAUAACAAAAGAGGGAUUGCAAGAUGGAGUGACAAAAGAAGUUGCCCACCUUGGAAUAUUAAUUCAUUGGAAAGUAUUGUGCCUGAGAAUCUCCCUAGACCAUCUGCUCAUAGGAAAUGGGAGGGAGUAUCUUACUCUUCUAAAUCUGCACCAUCUGUUAAAUUCUUACUUAAGACAAGAACAAGUUGCUUUUCUAUGUAACUCUUUUUUUUUUUCUGUCUAAUGUAAAUACUGUAACACAAGAAAUGAUACAUGUACUACUAGAUUUUAGUUAGGUUAGGAUGUUAGGUUAAAAAAUUCAAGAGAUUGUAUACUCAAAAGUUUGUGUUUAGAAUUUGGUUUUGUUACUUGUAUUUUGGAUUGUAGUUUGUAGAAGAUAUCUUAUGUGAAUAUGAAAUACUUCCUUCCUUCGUUCUUUUUUUUA